AUACCGAGAAUAAUAGGUUCGUACCUGAUUGGAAAGUUUACUAGAGAAGGUUAUAGAUGGCGUGCGUGUUCGAAUAGUAGGAAAAGUAACCGACAACGGCAGUUCAGUCGUCAGUCGAGCUCGAGCGAUCAAGUAGAGAGGAUCGUGUCCGCGCGUGGUAAAGCGGUGGGGGGAAAAAAAGAGAAUCGAGAGGAAAAGGAGGAAUUAGUGUUGGUGUGUCGUGUGUACAAUAGUUAAUCAACGGCAACCAAAAGUUUUCGUUCGACUUGUUACACGCGCCAUGUGUUAUCAUGUUUCAAAGUUCUUUUUCUUUUUUUUUUUUUUUUAAGUAAAUGUAAAAUACACAUUGUGGCCGCAUAACAAACGGAAAAGAAAAGAGAAAAAGAAGAAAAGAGAAAAAGGAAAAGGUAAUUGAGAAACGUAGAAUCAUUAGUUGACAGUAAUGAAAUCGUUCUUGAUAUCGUAUCGAUAUGAUUAAUCAAAUGUUGAUACGUUGGACGAGAAUAAUCGUGUUUUAAGAAGUAUAUUUUAUUUGCAAUUUUAUUUGUCUCUCUUUCUCACUUUAUUUGUCUGUUUCUGUCUCUAUCCCUCUCUCACUCUCUCUCUCUCUCUCUAUCUAUCUCUCUUUCUCUCUCUCUCUCUCUCUCUCGUAAGAAAAUUAUUUAGAAAGAGUGCAUAUAAGAAGAGGUUAGGAAUAAUAUUAUGAACGUGAUAAGGAGAACGGUAGAGUGUUGUGCGAGAAAGUGGCGAAAACUGUGAGGACGAGAGAAGAGGAAGUGGAGACGACGGUGGAAACGUCGGAGGAGGAAGAGGAGGCGGAGGACGAUAGAAAGAAACGGUGUAAUAACAGUGAGGAAGAGGAAGACGACGACGACAACGACGACGACGACGACGACGAAGAAGAAGAGAAGAAACGUGUUGGUAGUGGUCGGUGACACAGAGAAGAAUAACAGUGGUGGUAGUAGUGUUUGAUGGUGGUGGUAACGGUGCGUCGACAAUUUUUACUCUUCAAAAAUACUACUCUACUAAUGUAAUAGUAGUAGUAGUAGUAGUAGUGGUAGUUUAUAGUAAUAGUAAUAGAAAUUAUAAUAAUAAUAAUAAUAAUAAUAAUAAUCGCUCGGUAAAUCGGGUGUGCUGCGUGCGCGUGUUAUGUGGUGAUGUUUUCCGUGGCGCGUAUAAGAGAGGUACUGCUGCGCUGUCAAAAAAAGAAAGAGAUAGAAUAACAGCGGCAAAAGUAACAACAGAAACAAAAGUAAUAGCAACAACAAGAGCAGCAGCAGCAGCAGCAGCAGCUGCCCAGUGAUAUUGUUGUGUCGUCUCGUCGUGUACACUUAUUGCGUGUGGCGGCAGUAAAAGCGUGCGUCAGAGAAUAAGUGUUUGGGACACGCACUAUAUUUUUCCUCGAUGCGUGUGUGCGCGUAGUCAACUAUCUUUCAUUCUCUCUCUCUCUCUCUCUCUCUCUCUCUCUCUCGCUCUCUGUUGCAAUAUACAGUGGCAGCCGGGCAGGCGCAUUGGUACGUCGUUUCGUUGGUUGUGUUCACGUUCUCUCGCGUCUCUACCCCUCGUCAAAAAGAGAGAGAGAGAAAACGUUUCUCUUUAUCCUCUUCUACCACCCAUUAUAUAUAUAUAUAUAUACAAACACACAUACACAAACUAUAGAUAUAUAUAUAUAUAACCAUCACCUACCUCGUCGUUUGUAGUCACUGUCCUUCUCUUUCCGUGUCUCUCAUCCAGUCUGUCUCUCUCUCUUUCCCUCUCUCUCUUUCUCACAAACACUCAUCACCAACCACAUCCACCCGUUGUCCUCUCUCUCUCUCUCUCUCUCUUGCUCACUCACUCACUCGCUCGGUCGGUCGGUCGUUCGUUCGUUCGUUCGUUCGUUCGUUCGUUCGUUCGUUCGUUCGUUCUAUCGCACGCUCUGGGGCCACCGCACCGAAGGCGACCGAGCCAGGCCACCAGGCGCUGCUACGCAAGAUGGCUGUGUGUCGCUAACGAGAGCCCAAAGAGAACCGGACGGGUAAACGAGAAGCCGGGGCAUAAACGGAACAUGCGGCUACGCGAUCAUCGGGCCCGUCCCUGAAGAGAGAGACACUGGCCAACUUAGCAGAGAGGAGGAGCCGAACGAGGGCCGAGAGAUAGGAAUGUGUGACAUGUUCAUCCAAACACAGCAGACGAGUAGCGUCAACGGCAGCAGCAGCAGCAGCAGCAGCAGCAGUAACAACACCGCUCACCACCACAGCAAGAAACGCAAGUUGGAGUACAACGUGAGCCAGCCGGUGAUCCAGCACGGAUUGGUCCAAUCGACCGGCGACUAUCAAUUGGACAAUACCGGACUGCAACAGCGGUACUCCGUGAACGGUGCUAAUACCGCAUUUAGCUCGCUGCACAACAAUAAUGCGCUGCAGAAGAGUAGCCCGAACCAGCAGACCCUGGUACGAGCCUCGACGAUCAAGCUCCUAGACACCUACCAACGCUGUGGCCAGAAGAGAAAAACUUGGUCGAGGGAGGGUAAUGGUGACGCCCUGGCAGUCCACUCCGCCAACGCGACGAACGCAGUGGGUAGUACUAUAGUGUCGCAGCAUUAUACCCAACAGCAACAGCAACAGCUGCAGCAACAACAACAGCAACAACAACAGCAACAGCAGCAACAACAACAGCAACAGCAGCAACAACAACAACAGCAGCAACAGCAGCAGCAGCAACAACAACAGCAGCAACAACAACAACAGCAGCAACAACAGCAACAUAAACAAGCAGGGAUGACAGCUCAUAGCAAACAAGUUGCAAACGCGGCCAAUGGGGGUGGCGGAGGUGGUGGAGGUGGGGGCGGUGGUGGCGGAGGUGGAAGUAAUCCUCAGGGGGAUGGUGAUUAUCAUUUGGUCCAACACGAAGUUUUAUACUCUAUGACCAAUCAGUAUGAAGUUCUUGAAUUUUUGGGCAGGGGUACGUUCGGCCAGGUUGUCAAAUGUUGGAAAAAGGGUACCAAUGAAAUAGUAGCCAUCAAAAUUCUUAAAAACCAUCCCUCAUAUGCGCGCCAAGGGCAGAUUGAGGUCUCCAUCCUGUCACGACUAAGUCAGGAAAACGCGGAUGAGUUCAACUUUGUGCGCGCUUAUGAAUGCUUUCAGCAUAAAUCACACACCUGUUUGGUGUUUGAGAUGUUGGAACAAAAUCUUUAUGACUUUUUAAAGCAAAAUAAAUUCUCACCGCUACCUCUUAAAUUUAUCAGGCCGAUACUACAACAGGUUUUAACUGCUUUAUUAAAGCUCAAGCAAUUGGGCCUUAUACACGCGGAUCUUAAGCCAGAAAACAUCAUGUUAGUGGAUCCUUCACGUCAGCCAUAUCGAGUGAAAGUCAUAGAUUUUGGUUCGGCCUCUCACGUAUCAAAAGCAGUUUGCAAUACUUAUUUACAAUCGCGAUACUAUCGUGCACCAGAAAUUAUUCUUGGACUUCCUUAUUGUGAAGCGAUAGAUAUGUGGUCGCUCGGAUGUGUCGUAGCAGAAUUGUUUUUGGGAUGGCCCUUGUAUCCGGGCAGCUCGGAGUACGAUCAGAUUCGAUAUAUUAGUCAAACUCAGGGCCUACCAACGGAACAUAUGUUAAAUAAUGCUAGUAAAACGACGAAAUUUUUUUAUCGAGACAUGGACAGUACGCAUCCGUUUUGGCGAUUAAAGACACCGGAGGAACAUGAAGCAGAGACUGGAAUUAAAUCAAAAGAAGCUAGAAAAUAUAUUUUUAAUUGUCUCGACGAUAUUGGCCAAGUUAAUGUACCGACUGAUUUAGAUGGUGGUCAGCUUUUACCUGAAAAGGCAGAUAGGAGAGAGUUCAUUGACCUCUUGAAGAGGAUGCUCACCAUGGACCAGGUAGAGCGCCGAAUAACACCUGGAGAGGCUUUGAAUCAUGCUUUCGUUACCCUGGCACAUUUAGUCGAUUAUGCGCAUUAUAACAGUGUCAAGGCUUCCGUCCAAAUGAUGGAGGUUUGCAGAAGAGCCGGCGAUUUUACUGCAAGUCCUGCUCACCAUCAAGCACCACCUGCUCCUCAACCACCCCCGCCUACAUCCUUAGUAGCUAAUUUUGUACCAACGACAAAUGGUAGCGCAGUUACUCUUACGUUUAACAAUCAACUGACCAAUCAAGUGCAACGUUUAGUUAGAGAACAUCGCACUGCUCCAACGGGCUAUGACAAUCUGUAUCAAAUCUAUAGCAACAGCAGUCGUCGGGCAACGCAAUACAGUGGUUCUUCUAGUGGUUCAAACAGUGGUCGAAGUGCGGUGCAUGAUUUUUCACAUCAAUUAGUACCUGGUAUAUUAUGUCCUCCUCCUGGUUAUCAAACAAUGCCAAGUCCAGCCAAACACGUAGUAGUUGCUCAGCCACCGCAGGCUCAACAAGGUCCACUUCAAAUUCAACCGUCGAUCAUAUCGCAGCAAGCUGUUGCGGCAGCUGCGGUAGCCGCGCAACAACAGUACGCAGCAGUUCCUGUGUCUAUGGUAGAAACUGGACGACAAAUGUUGCUCACUAAUGCCGUACAAACAUCAUGGCCUGGUGGAAGUCGACAAAUGGCUGCAAUAGUUCCAUCUUGGCAACAAUUACCACCACAGCAUGCAGCCAUUCAACAGCCAUUAUUAAGCGAUGCUGGAGAUUGGGGUAGACCACUUAUCGUGGAUAGUUCUGCCAUAUUACAGGAUCAGCGGCCAGUAUUUCCUGUCACGGAAGUAUAUAACACUAGUGCUCUCGUCGAACAUCCACCGCAAGGUUGGGGCAAACGUAGUGUAACGAAACAUCAUCAACAUCAUGUGACCGUACCUCAGCAAAGUCAACAUAGGCAUGAACAUAAAAAGGAAACUCAACAGUUGAGUCCAGUGAAAAAGAGAGUGAAGGAGAGUACACCACCAAGUAGUAUGAGACGACAUUCACCUUCGAGUGGACAUUGGCAACAACAACCAAUUCAAUCUCAUCAUCACAGCAGCAAGCACAGUAGUAGUCACAAUGUAGAACAUCAACAAGUUGCAUCCGUCCGGCAACAAACUAUCACGAUAUAUGAUACACCAUCUCCGGCUGUUUCUGUUAUUACUAUUAGCGACAGCGAAGAUGAGUCACCUGGGAAAUGCUGUGGCGAUCGUCAAUGCGGAGCCUGUCAAAGUUUGGCAACUCGCCUGUCUGGCGACGGACGUCCUGUCCGUGAGGAGGUCAUUCGAAGUACACAAUCUACACCGAGAGUUGUACCAACGAUGCAGCAAGCUCACUCAAGUACGCAAGCUCACACAAGUUCUCAUACGACAUCACAAAGCUCGUCACAAAGAGCUCAAAGGAAGAAUGUUAUUAGCUGUGUUACGGUUGGUGAUAGCGAUGGCGAAGUUAGUCCAGGCAGAGCUCAUGCACAUUUGUAUCAACAAGUACCACAACAUCCGCAACAUCAACAAACCACCACUCAACAUAUUAAACAUGAGCCACAGCAACAACAUCAUGUUAGCAGCAGUAGUUCUGGCUAUUCCUCUCAGUCACAAAAGAAGAGAUUAUUGGCUAAGGUACAAUCCGAGUGCAAUAUGGUGAACGUUACAACUAAAUCUGAACCUGGCGUUGAGUAUGUCGCUCCACAUCCAUGUCACGCGCCAGCAUGCAAAGAGCCACCAACCUAUCAGGAUGACGCCUAUGACAUGCAUGACUACUUCUUGCAGUAUGUGACAACAAGUAGCGCUCAUCCUCAUCUCCAAGAGCAACACAUCGUUUACACAACUGGUACCGACAAGCGAGUCUCUUGGCCUGGAAAACGAGCAGAGUAUAAACACGAAUACGUACAACCACCAGCAGCUCAUUCAAGAGAUCAUCAAAAGUGGGCAGUAGCAAAUCCUGUUCAUCAAUAUAGGCAGAGCCAGGUGGUAGGCUCGGCAGCCCAUCCGGGUCAUACCCACAGCCACCAUGGGCAUCCAGUCCAUCUGAGUCCUGGGGGUGGUGGUGGAGGCAGAAGCCCCACAGGCGGACCUGUGAUAGGGGGUGCCCAGCAUCUGGGACAACCUCUCUACCAGGAGUACGCUCAUGUGCGUUCAAGAGCACAUGCUGUGCCACCCCCUGUAUAUGUUACUGCUGCGCCUUCUCAGGCUCCUACUGCUAUCCAGCAGCAACAAGUGCCCACCUUUCAGGGAUUCACACCCGGGUGGGUACCUAGACACCUAGUUGAUGCAUGCAUCUCGUCUCCAUUAACGUUGUAUGAUUCUAGUCGUGCGUUGCCACCACCAGCUCAUCACAGCUCAGCCAGACCAUUACUGGCAAGCCAUGCAGCGCAUCCUCUACCAGCACAUAUGCAACCUACUGCUGUUUAUGGAUUGGCACCACUUUCACCAGCUAAACACCAGUAUCAACCGUCUGGUUUGUGGUUUACGGAGUAAAUUAUAUAUUCCUAUAACGAAGAGUUUUAAAGUGCAUUCUCUAACUGUUAGUUUAAACUCUUCUUACCACCAUUACCACCACCACCACCACCACCACCCCCUCUUUUAUUUCUUUUUCUGUUUCCUGGGAAACUUACGAUCUCUCUUUUCCUCUCGUUUAUCGAUGUGUACAACACAAUGAGAAAUUCUUAUGAAAUGAAAAAGGACGUAUUGCUUAUAUCUUAUAUAUAUAUAUAUAUAUAUAUAUAUAUAUAUAUAUAUAUAUAUAUAUAUAUAUAAAUAUAUUGAUGUAAGAUAUUUAUCAAAAGACUCAAAUUUCGUCUGCCUAUAUUUCUCUCUCUUUCUCUCCCCCUCUUUCUCUCUCUUUUUCUCUCUCUCACUUUCUCUGGAAAGAAUUCUACUUUAAUGACUGUUAUUUUUAUUAAUGGAAGAGAACAAUCAAGUUAUAUUAAUGUAUCUUUGAAAGGAGACUUUGAGAAAAAAAAAUUGCUAAGUUAGCUUCUUAGAAGAGACGAUCUUUUGAAAUAUUGAAAAUUAUCAAUCCGUCCUUGAUCAGCAGUAUCGUCUCUGUUCCUUAAUUGUAUAGGUGGAAAAAAAAAAGAAGAAAAAAAAAACAAACAAACAAAACAAACAAAGAAAAAAGAACAAUUGAGUUCGUGACAGUGACGAUACAGCAUAUAACAAUAGUUUCAUAGAAAAUAGAUCUCUUGCUACUUUUUAUUUAUUAUUCUUUGUUAAUUUUUAACCAUAGAAGAAAAAAGAAAAGAAAAGUAAUGUCCUUUUUCAAUUCUUACGACUUGUAGGAAAAAAUUGUAAAAAAGAAAAAGAAAAAAAAGAAAAAAAAAAGAAAAAAAGAUUUAUAAAUCGUGUGUAGUUUAGAUUACUAUUCUGCACUCUUACAAUUACAUCACGAUAUAUAUAUAUAUAUAUAUAUAUAUAUAUAUAUAUAUAUAUAUAUAUGUUGGCAUUCUUAUUAAAAUUAACAAAGAUUUGUAAUAAUGUACAACACACUCUAGCGUGUGUGUGUGCGUGUGCGUGCGUGCGUGCUCGUACGUAUGUGUGUGUAUCAAUUGAUUCGUUAUUUUUAUCGUAAGUUUCCAGGAACAAAAAAAGAAUAGAAUUUAUUACAAAGAAGGGGAUGAAGUAAAAACUCGUAAAAUAUUUGGGGAGAUCAAUUGCGUUUCGAUUAUUCUCAAUUUCUUUUUAAUUAUUAUUAUUAUUCUUUUUUUUUCUUUCUUUUUUUUUUUUUUUCUUUUUAUCAAAAAUAAUUGCAGAAUUAUUAAUUACAAUUUCAAUGGGUGAAUAUAUAUAUAUAUAUAUAUACAUAUAUAUAUAUAUAUAUUAUAUAAAUAAUAUUCGAAUGGAAUUAUUCUUCUAUUCGGAUAUAAUCAUUUGAUUAUAAAAUAUUAUUAUCUGUAAAUUUUAUUUAUUACGAAUAAGUUUGCAUUUCUCUCAUGGUAUGCUUGGGUGCAUAUCAUGUAUAUUGUUUUUAAUGAUGAUUAAAUGAAGGUAUCUUAUAGAAUUAUUAAAGUUCUUCAUCGAAUCUGAAAGCAAUGGUUAUAUAUAUAUAUAUAUAUAUAUAUAUAUAUAUAUAUAUAUAUGUAUAAUUUGAUUGCUAAUGAAGUUUCGAUUAACUAUUUCUAAAGAAUUUUUUCUGCUAAGAGAUGCCUUUUAUAGUCUUUUAAGUAUCUUACGUGUAUAAAUAACUGGCACUUAAAGUUUAACGAAUUUAAAUAUUCUCUCAUUAUUAUUUUUCCAUUUCUGUAUUUUCAUAAAUACCAAAUUAAUAAGAAAUCUUACAUAUGUAUAUAUAUAUAUAUAAAUAUAUAUAUAUAUAUAUAUAUAUAUAUAUGUAUAUAUAUUUCAAACAAAUAUACAUGUGUUACCCUAUUAACAUGCAUACGAGAUACAUUAUUCAUGUAGGAAAAGAAAUGCAUGUAGGUAUUUAUUAUUUUUUUUUUCUUUUUUUUUUCUUUUUUUUUGGGCUCUUUUCACUUAGGAAAUAAUACAAGAUUUCUUAUCAUUAGGAGAUAAUUAGUAGAUGCGAAGGACACUCGUUCAGAUAACUGAUUGUACAAAGUGUAUUUCAGAAUUUAGUGAUUGAAUUUACUGACUCGUUGGAUUAGAAUUUUUUCUAACAAAGAGAUUGCUUAGUGUUCGCAUAUAUUACACACACAUAUAUAUAUAUAUAUAAUAUUAUAUAUAUAUAUAUGUAAAAUGAACUGUACCUUCUUGAAUAGCUUCAUUAUUAUUUAUUAACUUACUUUAUUUUUUUUCGUCUUCGUCUACUUGUUAUUAUUAUUAUUAUUAUUAUUAUUAUUUUUAUUAUUAUUAUUAUUAUUAUUAUAUUAUUAUUACUACUAUUACUAUAAAUAGGCGCUAUUUUUUAAAAUCGAAAUUUAGUCAUUUAAAUGUUUGGUAAUUUUCUAACAAAACAUUAUCUAUUAUCAUAUUUCUUAUUCUUGCAUUUCGACCUAGUUGUAUAUUUAGACAAAUAAUGCACAAAUGUGUAUUAGAUUUCACCAAAUGAAAUAUGAUACAUAUAGUGCACGAAGAAAGUUUAAGAAAUUAUAAAGAAAUAAUAAUUGCUUUGUAAUCAUUAUGAAACGAUGCUACAUCACACAUACAACAGUAUUUAUCACUAGCAUACCAUAUUUCUCAUUUGUAUAAACUCCAUUUCUUUGUAAUGAUAACGUUAAAGAAUCUGUACAUAAUAUUAUCAAAAGGGAUAUUAAAAUCCCUAAUAAUUUCUCUAAUUCUUUUCACUCAUUAAAUCGUGUUCUUCCUUCUCACACUUUUCCACGUCAGGUGUAAGAACAAAAGUUUCUAUAUAUCUCUUAGAAGGAAUAUAUAUAUGUAUGUAUACAUGUAUAUAUAUAUAUAUAUAUAUAUUCCAAUCCGAAUGAACUAUAUUAAUGAGGUAAAGUUUUGAAAGUUGAUUUGUACAUAAAUAUUAAUGGAAUGGCUCUCUUCUUAUUUUGAAGAAAAGAAAUAAAAGGAAAAAAAAAAAAAAAGAAAUAAAUGAAGGGAAAAUAAGUUGCACAUAUGGUUCUUGAAGCCUCCUUUAGCUCAAAUGAGCAUUAUUACUUUUGUGUGGACUGAUAUUGUCUGUAUCUUGUGGUUUUACAUAGAAUGAAGCUUAGAUAUUGUUUUUUGCGAACUAUUCAAUAAUACAAUAAGUGUAUAUAUAUAUGUAUAUAUAUAUAUAUACACAGCUAUAUAUACACACGCAGGACACGCAUACAUAUUAUUUAUAUGUAGCUGUAUGAUAACUCGUAUAGUAUAUGGGGAUUAAUAAUGGGUGUGUUGAUUAGAGAGUGAUUUACGUCCAGAGUUUAAUUAGAGAUAUUUUAUACGUAGAAAACAAAUGAAAGAAAGAAAGAAAGAAAGAUAGAAUAAAUGAAUGAAUGAACGUGCGAGAGAAAACGUGAAAUGGUUUACUAAUAAUGAGAAUCGUAGAGGAAAUUUUAUAUAUAUAUAUAUGUGUGUGUGUGUGUGUGUGUGUGUGUGUGUGUGUGUGUGUGUGUGUGUGUGUGUGUGUGUGUGUGUGUGUGAAUGAAUGCAUAUGUAAAAAAAAAAUUACGCAACAGACACAUAUAUAUUAAUCUAUAUGUAUAUAUGCACAUAUAUAAGUAGUGUAUAAUAUAUAUUAUAAAUAUAAAAAAGGAGUUUUAGGUACGUUACCGUAUACACAGUGAGAGGAAUUAUAAAAACUAACAAAAUAGUAAAAACAAAGUAAAGCAGGUAGUGCGCCGCAAAUAAAAUUGUAUUAACUAUUAGUAAAUAAACAUAUAGGGCCGCGAUAGCUGUUGGGUCCACGAUAAUUUAGCAUCGUAAGUCUCUCGAGUGCCUUUGUAUCGAGAGGCACCAAGAUAAAUUAAUGUGAUCUAAUGGUGUCGUCCCUUCUUUCUAUGUA